CGGAAGUUCGAUUGCAAAAGGGGGGGAGGAGGGGGNGGGGGGGGGGGGGGGGGGGGGGGGGGGGGGGGGGGGGGGAGGAGGAGAAGGAAGUUGCUUAGAACACCAGAGAGAUGGCAGGAGGUCGAAUGCCAGAUGAGGAUCCUAAAUUAGGCCCUCAUCUGGAGAUGUUGGGGGGGAAAGGACGGGCAGAGAACCGUUGUGUUUGCCGCGGAAAGGCAUGUGAAUAUGUGGCGGUGGGCUCUGGCAAUAUCGCUUGGGAGGAGAAGGAAGCUCCUACAGGAUUGGCACAGCAAGAGGGAGGAGAAAGCGGCGGCAGCGGAGGAGGAGGAGAAGGAGGAGAAAGAGGAGGAGGAGGAGGAGGCGGAAGAGGAGGACGAGGAGAAAGAGGAGGAGGAGGAGGAGAAGGAGGAGGAGGAGGAGGAGGAGGAGGAGGAGGAGGAUAUCGUGUUACCGGGGCAGGCGAUGGACACGUGUGCCGAGUUUGGGUCCUCUUGCCGAGUCUUAAGAACAGUAAGCAAACAAAUGGGAGGGAGGAUGAUGUGGAGGAGGAAGCAACCCCAGAGCAGCAGCAGCAGCAGAAGAAGAAGAAGAAGAAGAGGAAGAGGAAGAGGAAGAAGGAGAAGUGGAAGAAGAAUGAGAAGAAUGGGAAGCAGCAGCAGCAGCAGCAGCAGCAGCAGCAGCAGAAGAAGAAGAAGAAGAAUAAGAAGAAGAAGAGAAGGAGAGAAAAAGAAGAGGAAGAAGAAGGAGAAGGCGAAGAAGGGAAAGAAGAAGAAGAAGAAGAAGAGGAAGAAGAAGAAGAGAAGGAGAAGAGGAAGAGGAGUAUGGAGGAAGGGAGAGGAGGGGUUGGGGGUGGGGGUGGGACAACAGGUCUCCAUGAAGAGGAUAGUGAAGAUACAGAGGGUAGCUUAGAGAGGGAGCUAGAAGUGCAGCUGGUGGAGCACAAAGACUCUCUGGCUGCUUUGACGGCAGCCAUCCAAGUGGAGCCUAGUGAAGAGCUUCUGCAAGUGCAGGCUGAGCUUGAGGAGGCUUGCAGAUCUGCAGAGCAAAGCCUACUUCAUCUAAAACGAGCGCGAUUGCUCAAGGAGUGUGCUGAAAUGACAGAAGGUGUGGCAGGUGCUGAUGAUGAGCCAGCAGAUGCUGCUGGUGGAUCCAGCAAUGCUGCCAAUCCCAAGGACAUCCACACCAAAGGCCACGCUACCGAAACGCUACCAUUGUCAUCAGAAGUGGGAAAUGCUGAUCGUGAAGCAGCCGCCGACCGUAUUGAAGCAAAGAUUGACAAGGCAGAGACAGUAUGCCGGGCCCGGAAUUUUACCAGGGGGUCAAAGUGCCAAUUCUUGCAUGCAGAUGGGAGGUGGUAUGCUGGAGAGGUUUUGUGGAGUGGGGAGGUGACAGCCGAAGCGCUUAGAGAUAUAGGUCAUGGCAGCGCAGGUAACAGUGAGCCAGGGAGCAGCUUUGCAAGGGUGAGGUUUCUCCAUCCAAGUAAGGAGUCCGUACAGACGUGCAGGUUCUUCUUGCAAGGAAAUUGCCGAUUCGACAACAAUUGCAGGUUCUCGCAUGGCACACUGAUACCUGCCAAUUCGCUUCGAGAAUUUGGUUCGAGUACCGGUAGUCUGCAAGAUUUACGGCUCGGGAAAAGUGUUGCUGGCUCAGAUGAUGGUGAUUGCAAUAGCUAUGACGAUGGCAGCGAAGAGGAAGAGGAUGACGAUGACGAGGAAGAGGAGGAGGAGGAGGAGGAGGAGGAGUGGGAGGAGGGGGAGGAGAAUGGAGAGGUAGACGAGGAGUGGGAGAGGAACACUGGGCUUGGGAACCUGUUCGAAGAGGCCGCGGCGAUGGCCGAAGCAGGGCCCCAGAACGAAGUUGUCAACUUUGUCGAUUGGGAGCAGCACACGCGAGGCAUCGCCUCGAAGAUGAUGGCGAAGAUGGGUUACCAAGAGGGAAUGGGACUAGGGAAACUUGGGCAAGGAAUUCAGGUCCCACUUCCGGUGCGUGUGUUGCCAGCGAAAAGGGGCCUUGAUUAUGUGGCCAGUAAACUGCCGGAGGCUAAGGAGGCGAAGCGAAAGAAAAGAAAAAGAGGGGGAGAGAAAGUGCAGAGAAGAAAAGCGGCGUUAGCGGCCAAGCAACGGGAACUGGAGCAAGAGCGUUCCGACGGCGAUAUGUUUGCGCUUAUCAAUCGGCAGCUGCACUCGUCGUCAGCGACGGUGUCAACUCAAGAUGCUGCUGCCAAUGAUAGCAAGGGAGCAGCCGCCGCGAAAACAGGGAAGGCUGUGGACAGAAAAUCACUGCUCUUAAAAGUUGAUCAGGUACGUGAGCUGAAGGAGACGAUCGGCAAGUUGGAAGAAAUGCUUGAGCGCAACAAAAAUGAAAAGCCAGUGUACGUCGCUGUCCAGAAAAAGCUGGAACAUGCCAGGUGUGCCCUGGCUCAAGCAAACGCUGCCCACAACAGUGUGCGGGACAUCCUGAAUGAGAAGGACGCACACAAGAAAUGGUUGAAGUUCUGAUGAUUGUGCUUCAAGGUUCGAACUCGAAAAAGGUUUAUUCCACUGCCAGCAUAACAUCCCAAAAGCCAGAGCUGCCGACGACAUGUGCAUGCCACACAGGAAAUGGUCAGGUUCUUCCCCUGGUUCGCCCUCGAUGGUUCAUUCCGGUAUGGUGGAAGUUCCGAUCGUGGUUCGGACUCGCGAUCUCCUAGACGAGAAGGACGCACACAAGAAAUGGUCGAAGUCCUGAUCGUCUUUCGAACUCAAAAGUUUUAUUCCACACCACCAUAACAUCCCAAGCAAACGCCGCCCACGACAUCCGCAUGCCAUCGUGGAUGGGAGAGAGGGAGACACGCAGGAAAUGGUCCAGUUCCGAGUCUUACGUUGGUUUGACCUCAAGGUUAAUUCCGGUACAAGAUCGCAAGCGAGAACUUCCCGUACGAUUCCUCCCGACAGCCUGGACGAGGAGGCACACAAGGGAUGGUUGUGGCUUCUGACCCGGGUCUCAAUGCAAAGCUCUCUUUUUAAGCAGUGGGUUGACAAGGUAUGGACCUGGACCUGAACCUGGACCUGAACCUGGACCUGAACCUGGCUUCUGACCCGGGUCUCGCGUUAAUAACAUCCAAUAAUCAAUGGGUUGACAACUUGACACCCACUGCUUGAUUGGUAGCAGACGCGGCGGAAAGGAGCAUCAUUGUGGAAAGCAUACGGUAGAUGGAGAGGAGGUGUAAGGGGACAGUGGCAAAGCGGCGCUGGGCUUCAAUGGGCCCGCCGGAAUGGGCUGCUGUGAACUUGUAUGAAGGCAAUUUGAAGAGUUAAUGAGAGUGCCAUAGUGUGUUAGCUUUUCGGGAGAAUGAACGAGGUGGUGUUAGGUUUUAAGCGAAUGAACGAGAUAGUGUUCC